GUUUCGGAGAGUGUGUGCGCCGCCCCCCUGCCGCCCCCGGCUCCCAUGUGUUGACGGCUCACCAUGUCCACCGGCUCCCUCAGCGACGUGGACGACGAGCUCCUGGACGGGAUUCUUAAGUUCGGCAAGGACUCGAACGAGAGCACGGAGGAGAGCUCCAACUGCGAGGGCACCUGCGGGAGCGACACGCGCGCCAAGAAGAGGAGGACCUCCAGCCGCAAGAGCGCGCCCCGAGGGUCCGCGCCCGUGGAGGGCAAGCAGGUGCAGAGGAACGCCGCGAACGCCCGCGAGAGAGCCAGGAUGCGGGUGCUGUCCAAAGCCUUCUCCCGACUCAAGACAUCGCUGCCGUGGGUGCCGCCCGACACCAAGCUGUCCAAGCUGGACACGCUGAGGCUGGCGUCCAGCUACAUCGCUCACCUGAGGCAGAUCCUGGACAACGACAAGUACGAGAACGGAUACAUCCAUCCGGUCAACCUGACAUGGCCGUUCAUGGUGGCGGGAAAACCAGAGACUGAACUGAAGGAAAUCCUCAAUGCCAGCAGGUUAUGUGGAACUACAGCGUCCUGAUACACUGAACUGCAGAUCCCGCCACAACCCGUCUUCCCGUGACAGAAUCCACGUCUCAUCCACAGAGUGGGAAUAACAGAAGGACUGUCCUCCUUCCAAUCGUUCCUGUAAAGACACACUCUUAUUUAAAUCAUCUGUCACUUGUUUGUCUUUGCUGGUCCGAAGAUAAACUAUUUCGUCCUAUUUUUUUACCCGCUAUACCUGUACAGAAAUCAUGUUAUAAAUAUAUAUAUUUGUAUCACUUUCAUAUGUUGUUGUUAUAUAUUAUUGUGAUGUGUGUGUGUGUGUGCGUGUGUGUGGGCUCUGACCUGCCGUGAACUCUGCUGCUAUCAGUGAUCCAGGGAAACAGAACCUGAGCACCAGCGAAGCAUCACAGCAGAUAAGUUGUGUUGUUUCUAAAAGAUAGCAGCCACAUAAACAAAGAAUCGCCGGCUUGGAUUAUUUGGGAGCCUUAAAUGGAGUCCAAGCGUUUACAGCCCAAACAGAUCCAAUCGAUUGAUUUGAAAAUAAUCUUGUUGCUCAGCAGCAGUGUCGCUCCAUUACUCUUCAAAUAAUUGUCAUAUCUCUGAGAGUAAUUAUUGUUGUGAAAAUUUUGGCAUUAU